AUGAAGUUGAUUAUCUGUAUUCUGCACCCUGUUUUACGUGUCAAGAUAAGGGGUGGAUAUGUGGUUCAUCUGAAGGUAAAAAAUUUGUUUGCGUUCCAAAGCAUCACAAUUCAGGACAAUGGAAAAUCAUAGUUGGUUUAGUCAUUCCAGGAGCAUUUCUCAUCCUUCUAGCUCUAAAUGUUGGUUUCUUCUGUUACAUGUAUCCCAAAAUUCCACUUACCUAUGUUACUAUCAAGAAGGUUUUCCUCUAAUCCUAUGAAUGCUAACCUUGAAUCUGGAAGCUUCUUCUGUGGUAUACCAAUCUUUACCUACAGCGAGCUCCAAGAAGCUACCAAUAAGUUCAAUAUGGUAUUAGGUGAUGGAGGCUUUGGCAUUGUCUAUUAUGGAAAACUCAGAGAUGGCAGAGAAGUAGCAGUCAAGCGUUUAUAUGAGAAGAACUACAAACAAGUGGGGCAAUUUAUGAAUGAAAUCGAUAUUUUAACUAGCUUGAAUCACCACAAUCUUGUCAAAUUAUACGGAUGCACUUCAAGACAUUGUUUAGAGCUUAUCCUAGUUUACGAAUUCAUUCCCAAUGGAACAGUAGCCGACCAUAUUUAUGGAGAUCGAAAGGGAUCUGAAACCUUGUCUUGGGCUAUGAGAAUGAAGAUCGCAAUUGAAACUGCCAGUGCAUUGUCUUAUCUACAUGAUUCGGAUGUUAUACACCGUGAUGUAAAAACAAAUAAUAUCCUCCUUGACGAAAACUUCUCAGUCAAAGUAGCUGAUUUUGGCCUCUCAAGGUUCUUUCGCUUUGAUGCUACCCAUAUUUCAACAGCCCCACAAGGAACACCAGGGUAUUUAGACCCUGGCUAUUACAAAUGUUACCAAUUAACUAGUAAGAGUGACGUUUAUAGCUUUGGAGUUGUUCUUAUUGAGCUGAUAUCUUCAUUACCCGCAGUUGACAUUAGUAGACAAGAAGAUGAGAUUAAUUUAUCAGACUAUGCAAUGAAAAGAAUCCAAAAAAAUUCAUUGAGUGAUUUGUUUGAUCCAAAGCUUGGUUUUGACUCAGAUUUGAAGGUGGAAAGGAUGAUAACUCAAGUGGCAGAGCUUGCCUUUCGGUGUUUGCAAGAAGACAAGGAACUUAGACCCUCUAUGCGUGAGAUUCUGGAAGUUCUGAGGCUGAUAGACAGCAAAGAAAAUGACGUAUUGGAAGCUAAGGCUGUGGACAAGAUAAGAACAUCAAUAAAUUGUAAUUCCAUGCCUGUUGAAAUGGUAUAACACAAAGCUCUGUAAUGCAUAAAUGGAUUAGUAAAUCCAGUGCAUCAAACACCAGUGGGUUAGAUCUUUGAAUGUAACAUGCGAGUCAGGAGAUGAUAAAAAUCAUGAGAUGCACAACUAUCAUAUAUGAGAGAAUAAUGAACACCAUUUAAUGUUUUUUGUA